AGCUCAUCCUCAAUUUCGUAGUGGUUUUAAUUCCGCGUCAAGGAACUCCCGUGGCUUAUUAAUGAAAGCUAUACAUGAAUGAGCUUAAGGGAAUUAAUGGCGUGGAAAGGAAGUUUAUAAAUGAAUUGUGAUGUGGAAAGGAGGUUUAAAUAUAUGAAUGGCGUGUCAAGGAAGGAUAGCAGUGACGUACAAGGGAAGUUUAAAUGAAUAAUGAGAAACAAAGGAAGUUUAAAUAUAAGAAUGAUAUGCAAGGGAAGUUUAAAUGAAUAAUGAGACGAAAAGAAAGAAAUUUUAAAUAUAAGAAUGGUAUGUAAAGGAAAUAUAUAUAACAAUUACGUGCCAGGGAAGUUUAAAUGAAUACUGAGACACAGGAAGUUUAAAUAUAGAAAUGACAUGCAAGGGAAGUUUAAAUUAAUAAUGAGAAGAAAGCAAAGUAAGUUUAAACAUAGUAAUUUUGUGUAAAAAAAGACAAAGACCAGCCAGGAAAGUUUAAUGAAUAAUGAGAAGCUUAGGAAGUUUAAAUGAAUAAUGAAAGGCAAAGGAAGGAAGUUUGAAUAUAAGAAUGACGUGCAAGGGAAGUCUAAUUAAAUCACACACACACGCUGUCAAGGUCCAGAGAUUAGAUUGCGUGUUGCCGUGCCAAGUGUGAUGAGGCUUAAUGAGUUAAUUGGAUCAUUCUAUAACACUCAGCCUCUUCCUCUACCUGCCCAUCAUUGUUCAGUAUUACCUUGCCCACUUGAUUGAAAAGUGGUGUGUCAUAAGUAGCUAUAUACCUGAUUUUAAGUGUUACAGAAAAUUCCCUUCUUUGACAUAAAAAUCCCCAUCUCUGCCUAGUCAUAUUAUUGUUUGUAAGGUCAUUUUGGAGGUUAAGUUUGGUGAGUGAGAUAUAUUGUGGCAUAAGUAACCAUAUAUGUACCUGGUUUUAAAUGCUACAGAGUGUGACAUUUAAUUCUCCAUCCCUGCUUGGUCAUAUAUAUAAUUUUUAAGAGUGUUUUGAAGGUGUUAUAAUACAGCCGUGAAGUGCAGUGGUGUGGCAUAAGUAGCUACCUGAUUUUUAAUGCUACAGAGGGUGACGUUUGAUUCUCCAUCCACGCUUGGGCUUAUUAUUAUUUUUGAGAUUAAUUUGAAGGUUAAAAUACAAGGCUGAAGUUCCAUUGGGGAGUGAAAAGUGGUGUGGCAUAAGUAGCUAUCUGAUUUUAAAUGCUAGAGAGGUAUAUGCUAGAGAGGGUCCCCUUGUGUGAUAUUUAAUUCCAUCUUUUCUUGAUCAUAUAUAUUGUUUUUAAUGUUAUUUUUUAGGUUAAAAUACACUGGUUACUUUACGGUGUGAGGCGUGGUGUGGCAUAAGUAGCUACCUGAUUUUAAAUGCUACAGAGGGGAUUUAAAUGUUACAGAGUGUCCCCUUAUGUGAUAUUUAAUUCCCUAUCUCUGCUUGAUCAUAUAUAUUAUAUUUAUGAUAAUUUUGAAGGUCUUUCAGUACUGUAGUGAAGUUCUAUUCUCUCUCAUAAUUUUAAUUAAUAAUAUUUAUUACUGAGUGGCUGAAAGAUAUUUAGCUUUCUUAGUUUGUUCAUACAUAACCACUUAUAACUUGCAUAUCAGUCGCUAUAUAUUUAGCUUUUUCUAUUAUUAUAAUUAAUGUAUAAAUUAAUUACAUAUUUUGUUAGCAGGGCUGCCACAUGCAUGGAUUAAUAACAUUUUGCCUCAUAGAAAAUAUAACUCUUACCCAUGGCACAGGUCAAACCUCCCUGGCCCAGCUCGUCACACUCACCACUUGAGUGACGCCUGCUGACAGAAUUAUCCAAACCAAUAUGUUGCACUAACACAUGUCUUUAUAAUAUAGGAUAUGUAUAUGCAUUUUUCCAAAUUGCAAUGAACAGUCAUGAACAGAGGGUGCAUAGACAUGAAUUAUUAGUAUUAGGCGUCACCAGUGGCUUUCUCGUACUCAAAUUUUGCUUGUUAAUGUGAAGCGACAGCUGGACGAGGGAGAUUUUUUUACCUGUGUCAUACCAAAUGGCUGUUCAUGUUGCUGUUUGCAUUAGACUCUACCAAACUACUACUAAAUAACCCUCGUGCUUUUUCAAACCCCCAACAGGGUGACAAAAUAUAAUGAAUUGUGUAUAUAUGAGAGAAAUUGAUACACAUUCUAAUAGUACGUACAUGUAUAAUCAUCAUGAGAAGAGCACAAUUUUAUUUGGUAUAGUUGGUGGGUGUGCUGUGCCAGUUGGCCGUGUGAGGAGCUGUGGCUAAUGGUGCCUCGUUAUAGGUAGGGCAGGGAACUACUACAUUAUGGAUGCGCUUGAAGACGUCCUGGAUGCUCACUCAGAGCUUCUGUCCGACGAUGCGGUGAUAUGCGAAGACAGCUUGCAGGUCAAGAUGUCGCAGUUCUUUGGGAAACUGGCGCGUGGCCUCGGCUGGGGCCCACAGCCAACCAAGGUGAACAGCGUCAACUGGAGUGAUUAUGCCAACCGCGCUUUCACUUUUGUCGAGGGUCCCUUUAUCAUUGCUCCACUUGCUGAUGACGAUAUAAAGGAAGACCCAAAUUUGGCCUUUGAGCUCAUCAUACAUAAGGAGAUAAACAGCUCCCGCAAUGCUUACAGCCUCCUGAGAACAUGCACUGAGAGGGAGGCGCUGAAGGCACAUGAGGCUUACUGCAAGAUCCUGCUGCCCCUUGUGGACUCCUGUGGGAAGGAAGUCCUCAGCCAUAAUGUCCUGCAAAAGAUCCUGGACUUCCACCGAGAACACCCGUCAUGGCACAUGGCUCACAUCACCACUCACUUUGGCUUCCUGGAGGCCCUGAAGAAUGAGGAGGUGCUCAGCUAUCUUAACCUGCCUGAGAGUGAGGAGGGCCUUUACCCGCUACAUGUGGCUGUCGAGAAUGAGAACGAGAAGACCAUCGCAGCGCUGGUGGCGGCCGGUGCAUCCCUGGACGUGGCUGACAAGAACGGCAACACUCCCUUGCAUGUGGCGGCAUCUAAGUCUGUUGGGGUGAUCCAGGCACUCAAGGUCAAGUUCCACCCUGUGCUGAAUAGGAAGAACAAUGCCCAGGAGACUCCCUUGCUUCUGGCGGCUCAGUGCAGCAAACUAGACAACAUCAAGCACCUCAUACAGAUUGGCGCCAAUGUGAACCACCACGAGGAGAUGGUUGACCCCGCCACCAACCCGUCCUACUGGGAGAAAGUGGACAGGCUGUGUAUGUCCAAGGAUAUCAGUUCAAAGGAUUUGCACAAAGGAGGGAAUCUGCUUCACUGGGUCAAGACGAGGGAGCUCUGUGACCUCUGCCUUGACAUUGGCUGUAACCCUGACCUCCUAAACUCCCUGCACCAGACACCUUUACAUGUGCUGGUAUUGAGGAAUAGGAUGCAGUGCAUCGUGACUCUACUCUGUCGGGGAGCAAAAGCUAAUUGUGCUGACCAGGAAGGCAUCACCCCCUUGCACAUGGCGGCAGGACUGUGCUCCGCCACCCUGGUUCAGGCGUUCAUAGUGUUUGGGGGCGAGAUCAAUGCCCCCAACAGGAGGGGAGAGACACCGAGGCACCUGGCGGCGGCCUGCAAGGUGGAGGACAAGACCAAGGCGUCUGAGCGGGACAAGGUCAUCUACCUCCUGCACACGGUUGGGGCAAAAAGGUGUGCAGUCAAGCUUGCAGCGUGUUCUGAUGGCUGCGUGGAGGAAGGAAACUUUAAUGGUGUUCCUCUGUAUGAGAAGCCUCUGCUAAGGUCCCGGUGGAUCAUGGACGAGCAGCUGUACCGUCGCCAAACCGCCGAGUCCAUGAGGUGGCAGAUGACCAACCGACGUCACCUUCAGCGGACUGGCCGGGUGUUGUGUCUGGACGGCGGUGGCAUCAAGGGCCUCGUCAUGACACAGAUGCUCUUUGUCUUGGAGGAGAUUCUUGGCAAACCCAUCCAGGAGUGCUUCGACUGGAUCUCCGGCACCAGUACAGGCGGGUUCCUGGCCCUCAUGAUCUGCAUGGGGAAGUCAGUGCAGGACGUGCAGUCACUCUAUUACAACCUGAAGGAGAAGGUGUUUGUGGGUGGCCGGCCCUACGAGGCAGGACCCUUGGAGGAGAUCCUUAUCAAUGAGUUCGGGGAAGACACAGUCAUGAGCACCAUCAAGUCACCGCGAGUCAUGGUCACCUCAACGCUGGCCGACCGCCUGCCCCCAGACCUCCACCUGUUCCGCAACUACCAGUCCCCCAUGAGUGUUCUGGGUAUCCAGGAAGACAAUGUCUUCAUGCACACUCAGCCGCCAGACAAACAAAAGAUAUGGUUGGCAGCUCGGUGCUCGGGCGCUGCCCCAACAUAUUUCAGUGCCAGUGAAAAGUUCCUUGAUGGUGGUCUGGUGGGCAACAACCCUAUCCUUGACACGCUGACAGAGAUAGAGGAGUGGAACAUGGCCGUGAGAACCAAGGGGAGAGAGUCCGAGGUCUUCACUCCCACUGUGGUUGUCUCCUUGGGCUGUGGCAAGCCUCCAGUCAUGUUGGUUGACACAGUUGAUGUGACCAUCCCGAGUAUCCUGGACGUGCGUCGAGGGCUGCAGGCCAUGUACAACUUGUUCAAUGUGCUGGUGGAACAAGCAUGCAGCUCCGAGGGUCGAGUCACGGACCGUGCCCGUUCAUGGUGCUCAAACAUACAUGUGCCAUUCUUCCGCUUUAAUCCUCAGCUUUCUCAAGACAUUGCCUUGGAUGAGCAUGAUGAUGAGUGUCUUAUGAGGAUGAUGUGGGAGACCCGGGCUUAUAUGAAGGCACAGGCCAAGGUCCUCGCUCAGCUGAAACCUCUCUUGGUUGAAACUGAUACUGGCCCCCUGCCCACCCCCACCAGACCAAGGAGAAGUUCCCACACCUCAGCCUUCUCUUCCUCCAUGGAUGCUCCAGACACCCCUCACAAACUGGUGUCAGAAGGCAACUCCCCUGAGGAGGAGGUUAGCUUCCACUCCACCCUCCCAGACUGUAAUGAGGAGAGUAAUGAAGGGGCCUUGGAAGAAGAGACAUCUCUAGCCCCUCUUGCCACACCAGACCCGCCUGUCUCCCCAGACUACGUGUCCAGCAGUGAGGCGCCGUGCUCUUCCCCGGAGGAGGCUGGAAGCUGCGAGGAUUCAGAAAAGACUCCAUCUUCUGAUAGUUCCCUUGAACCUGUCAGCAGCAGUGCAGACUGAGCCUCACAGUUACAAUGCUAUUCCCAGUUGCCAAAUCAACACAGUAGUCAGUCAAAUAGCUUUGACAAGCACAUAACUUGACAAAGUAGCCAUUGAUAUAAAGUACUCAUUCCUUUCUUAUUGGCAAUGCUGAAGUGCAUGGUAGGAACACCUCAAGUUAAGUCAUAUAGUGAUUUGUUAUCUUAUUGUUAAUGGAUAUGAGGGCUGCCAUGGGGCCCUCUUAACUAUAUCCUUCAUGCGAUCAGAAUUAAACCCAAAGAGGUUAAUGUGGGCAACCAUCUGAAACUGCCGAAGCCAGACCAGCCUGCAGGGACGAUGGGAUGCACAGCAAUACCAUUCACACUGUACCUCCACACUGGAGUCAUUAGUGCUCACGUGAAGUAUCUUUAAGUGGGCAUAAAAUAAAUAUAAGUAUAUUCUUAUAUGCAUGCAAGAAAGAGUAAAGUACUCUGCCUUAAAAUUUUCGUAUAGUGGGAUUCUUUUUUUAUUUUUUAUUAAUUAAAACAACUCAAGGACCGUCUUUCACUUUGCAUCUCUCUCGUCUAACCCCGGCCCAUGUGAUCCUAGAGCCAUAUCCAUACCCAGUACCCAAAACUCUUCUAUCUACCUCACACCAACAAGGCAGGGGAGUAGCCAAAACAGAAGCUACUGGCGGCUAAAUAAUUCAUUAUUUGCAACCUAUUCCGCCCAUUAAGGACUUUAAGUUACUAAUUUACACAUAUCUAUUUAUGAUAAGUGUGAGAACUGUCAUUAGUGGGCCUGGAGGCUUGGCUUUAAACUGCUUAUUUUACUUGCCUUUUUUUUUAAAUGGCUAUCUUAGUUAAGGAAGGUGAGUCAUGUGUAUUUUAUGUAUUGAAGAAAUACUAAUUUGAGUUUCUUCAAAGCAGCUUCCAGUUCUCUUAGAAUUAUCAGAGCAACUUUAAACUCUCACUCACAUAAUGUUUUUUUAUUGUUAUUAUUUUAUAUUCAUUUCACUACUCAUUUAAGGAAAUUGGUCAGUGACGGUUAAGUUUCAUGUUAAAUAUCUACACUUAUACUUUAAUAUAUGACGAUGUUGAAUAUGAAUGCCAGAAGGGAUGGGAAAAUGUGCUAUUUAAAGAUAAGGACAUAUUGACCAGACUAUAAAGGACACUGUUUGCAGCCUUCACUUGUAUAGGGGAAUGGGAGUGCAUGGCUUACAGAGAUAACACUCUACUGAUGUAACUGAUAAGGAGGGGCUUGUUGCUAAGAUAAAAGUGAGGCUUAUCCAUCACCUGUGUCACCUAUCCAUGGCAUCUGUUGCUGAUACUUUUGCAUGAACAUUUAUUGUGUGGUUGGAAGAGGCAAGUAUAAUAAUGAGAUUACGGGAGGUGGGUGAUAAGAGUCAUUAUAUGGCUUGGUCAUCAUCUCUUACCCGUGCACUCUCACUCUUAUCCCAUUAUAUAUAUAUAUUGAUUCAUCAGCCAUCAGCUCUACUUAUUUGUUCAUCACUGAUUCUAACAUUACAAUGCCAUGGAUACAGGCUUCAGAUUCCUUUAUUAGUCUAGUCUGAUUUGUGCCCUGUAUUAUUCUCUUUCUCCACUGUCUAGUCUUGUGUCUAUCCACUAAUCGUUACUGCAGGAAAGUAAUAUAGAUCAUUGCAGGUAGUUUUAGCUAACUUAACGUCUCAGCUGUAGGUUUUAUUUAUAAUUUUCCUUCGUAGCCCAGAGAAGUUUGUUUUCGCUUUAUUUUCUUAGUUACUCCUUGGAUUGGUCAGUAUACUAUGAGCAGUUACCACUAUUACUGCUGAACUAGAUUUAGGUUUUGUAGAGCUAAGAGAACUCUGUAUUUUCUUGUAUGUGUCCGAGUGUAGGGGCAUUAGUUUAAAAUGUGAAAUAGGACAAGAAAAAGUGUGUGUGUGUGCGUGUGUGUGUCUGUGUGGGAGAUAUGCUCAAGAUUAUAAUUCAAACUAACUGUUACAUGUUACAUGGGAUCAUUUGUAAAGGAGUGUGUUGACAGCUUUACAUAUGUACAUAUGCUACAAACUUGACUGUUGUUAUCUCGUGAAGGGAAGAACAGUACACAAUUAUUUGACUACAACCCUAAUGGCAUAGAGAAUAGUCGAAACUUAUUUUGUACAAGUCGAGCGCCAGUGUAUAAAGCGGAUAAGGGAAGAAUGUUGAUUUGUCAUGAGUACUGCUUCAGUCUGUUUGCUGUUACUCUUUAUGACAUCAAAUGUACGGAUUUUAUGGCUGCAUGUAAAAAAAUAACUUAAGGUGAUAUGUUACCUAACUCAUAACUUUCUAGUGCAUAAAGUUUAAGUAAAGUUUCACUGGUUGCAACAUUUAAAAAACACAUGAUUGUUAUUGUUAGUAAUUUUGUACUAAUGAUGUCAGUACUAAUUGUUUCUAAAAGGACUACAUACGUAUUAUAAAAGUAUUGCCCAAGUAGAUACUAUUUUUCCGCACAAAUUUAUCCAUGAGUGGCUUGUUAUAUAUAUACAACUAACUAGGCUUUGCUGUUCAUGCAUUGCAGCCAUUUCCAAGUAAGAGAUGUGAAAUGUGGCUUCAGUUAAGAUGCAUAAAGAGAUUGGAGACAUUUCUGUAUAUUUUGAAAAUGUACUCACCAGUGCUGUGAAUUUGUAGUUUUAGUUUUAAAUGUAUUGACAAGGCUUUGGGAUGUGAUGCCAAACUUAUAAUCAGUUCUUUGCAUGAAAAAAUGGCAUUUAUUGCUUAUUUAUUUUAUUUUCUAUAUGUUUUAUUUGUUUAUUUUCUCAUUUACAUACUAAGUGAAUUUUGAAGGUAUGCUGAAUUCACAACUGACUCUGUAAGCAAGCAUACAGUCACAAAACUGAUAGGUUUGUCUUUUUCAUGAUUAGUCGGUUUUUAAGAGUAGAAAAGCUUGAAGGCAGAGAUUUGCAUUAAAGAUUCGCUUCCGUAGAGCUGCUGCAGAAAAUAUUUACUUACCAUUCCUUCAGGAUUGCCUUUUCUCCGCUGGCUGAAUGUUAGUCUGUAUGCAUGGAAGUUAGUAUUUCAUUGAUGAAUUUAUUGCACAUGCUUCAGAAAAGGAAAUUUCAAACUAUGAAUUCAUACAUAUAGUUUUGCUAUUGUGUUUUCUAGUCACUCAAGUGUCAAUGAUAAUGCAAAUGUCAACUUGUUAAGGUGUGAUCAGAGAGAUACUGAAUGGAUGGACGGCUACAGUGAUGCAGUUUGAUGGGGACAGGUGAUUGCAUAAUAUUAGUCCUUGGAGUAACAUAAAGCAGGUGGAUAUGAGUGCAUGGUGCUGGCAGUAGUAUGUGAUUGGUAGGCACUCUUAAGAACUGGACAAUGUAUAUUCAUAUUUGUGUAAAGUUUCUGAAUUUUGUUUGAAAUGUCACUCAGUGAUACAAGUAAACAGUCAUACUGUGUAACAGAGUAAAUUUUCACUUAAAUUUAAAGGAUCCAUGCCUGUAUAUUUUUAAUGUGUAUGACAGAUGAAACUGUUACUUACAUAGACUAAUGGGGCUUGGUGAGCUCUCUCCCCAGUUCUUAAUAAGAAAAGAUUGCAAAUAGUGAUAUGGUAAGCUGAGAGAAGUUCCUUACAUACAUACAGAAGUUUUUGUGCCUCCUUUAUUUACUGACAGUGACAAAUUGAAGGAAAGGACAGCUUGUACUUAUCAGGACCUCUAUGCAUCACCUUAGGUUUGUGUGGGUGAGGCAGCACAAGACCCUGCACUCUGAUCUGUGGUGACGCUUCAGUCAAACACUGCAGACGUGCCACGUUAUCUGCCUGCGUCCAUGAUUAGCAAGUUUCAGCACAGUGUUUGUUGUUACUGAAAACUUAUAUAGUAAAGUCUAUUUAUGUACUGUUAUUGUCUAGGUAUUGUUAAUUAUGCAAAUUAAUGGUGUCAUACAUACUUGGCUAGACUUCAGCUUUGAGUGUAGAAAACUGAUUCUCCACUCAAAGGUAGCUUAACAGGAUUGGUCUUGUAUUAAAAAGGACAGGUUUUUGUGGUGCUGAUGCCAUGCUCACCAGUGAUUGUAACGAUACUUUCCGUGCAAUGAUUAGUAGAGCUGUGGCUAAUUUUUUCCUCAUGAACACAUUUCAAACAUUAACAUCAUAUUUAUGAAAAAAGAAAAAUACAUGCAACAUAUAGUUUGAAGCAACUGAUUCAAAAUACUUGAUAAUGAAGUACAGGUAUUUUUUUCCCUUGUGGAUGGACUAUGUGGGAGAAAACAGUCAUCUUUUGAUCACACCUUCAGAAAUAUUUUUAUUCUAUUUCUUGCACAUUGUUUCAAAUUUUUUCGUCAGGUAACCUCUAUUCCAUGCCAUACGGUGACCAAAGAAUCAGUGACACCUUCCAUAGUAUUGCUGAUAGAAAGGUAACACUAAUAAACCAUCUUUCCUA